UAUCGCCGCAGUUGCCCGUCCCACCCAUCCGCCCACGAGACCCACGACACCUUCGAGACGCACGAAUACGGAUUGUCAUUGGGAGUACGCUUGAGGAGAAUCGCCCAAAAUGUCCUUCGGCGGGCAGACGCCGACCAUCAUCGUCCUGAAAGAGGGAACGGACCAAUCCCAAGGACGAGGACAGAUUAUCUCCAACAUCAACGCAUGUCUGGCAGUACAGUCGACCAUCAAGAGCACAUUGGGUCCAUAUGGCGGUGAUCUGUUGCUGGUCGACGAGAAUGGCAAGCAGACAAUCACGAACGACGGCGCAACAGUCAUGAAACUCCUCGAUAUCGUCCACCCAGCCGCACGAGUACUCACCGAUAUUGCGCGAUCACAGGAUGCCGAAGUGGGAGACGGAACCACUUCAGUGGUGGUUUUGGCUGGUGAGAUCUUGAAAGAAAUCAAAGAGCACGUGGAGCAGGGCGUCAGCAGUCAGGUCAUCAUCAAGGGUCUGCGAAGAGCGGGCACUAUGGCUGUGAACAAGGUCAAGGAGAUUGCGGUGAGCACAACAGAGGGCAACCAGCGUGAAACACUGCGAAAGCUGGCGAGGACGGCGAUGAGCAGUAAACUCAUUUACCGCAACGAGCAAUUUUUCACCAAGAUGGUUGUGGAUGCCGUGUUAUCUCUGGACCAGGAUGAUCUGAACGAGAAGCUCAUUGGCGUGAAGAAGAUCACAGGCGGUGCGCUCCAAGAUUCGCUGUUCGUGAACGGAGUAGCUUUCAAGAAGACCUUCUCAUACGCCGGUUUCGAGCAACAACCCAAAUCUUUCAAGGACCCGAAGAUAGUCUGCUUGAACGUCGAACUGGAGUUGAAGAGUGAAAAGGACAAUGCCGAAGUCCGUGUGGAGCAGGUCUCAGAAUAUCAGGCGAUUGUGGAUGCAGAAUGGAAGAUCAUUUACGACAAGAUGGAGGCACUUUACAACACAGGCGCCAAGGUUGUCCUUUCAAAACUCCCGAUCGGAGAUCUGGCAACACAAUACUUCGCUGAUCGAGAUGUCUUCUGCGCUGGCCGCGUAUCAUCCGACGACCUCGAGCGUGUCUGCCAAGCGACUGGCGCUUCGGUACAAUCAACAUGUUCAGAUAUCCAGCCACACCAUCUCGGAACCUGCGAAACAUUCGAGGAGCGACAAAUUGGAGGCGAACGCUACAACUUCUUCGAGGGCUGCCCUGGUGCCAAGACUUGCACACUGGUACUCCGUGGAGGCGCAGAGCAAUUUAUUGCAGAAGUCGAGCGCAGUUUGCACGACGCCAUCAUGAUUGUCAAGCGUGCGAUCAAGAACCAGACUAUCGUGGCGGGUGGCGGUGCCUGCGAGAUGGAGAUCUCAGCAUACCUACACAGCUUCGCGGACAAGAACGUGCCGCACAAGCAGCAAAGCAUUAUCAAAUCCUUCGCAAAGGCACUCGAGGUCAUUCCUCGGCAACUGUGCGAUAAUGCCGGUUUCGAUGCGACGGACAUCCUCAACCGCCUACGUGUUGAGCACAGGAAGGGCAACACAUGGGCAGGCGUGGACUUCGAUAACGAAGGCAUCCGUGACAAUCUGGAAGCAUUCGUGUGGGAGCCUGCAUUGGUCAAGAUCAAUGCUAUUCAGGCUGCCAUUGAAGCCAGUUGCUUGAUCUUGAGUGUGGACGAAACUAUCAAGAACCAGGAAUCUCAGCAACCGCAGGCACCGACGAGAGGGCUGCCUCCCGGCGCCGCACAGAGAGCGAUGAGAGGAAGAGGACGUGGCAUGCCUAGACGGUAGAGAAAUCAUCGAUGAGCAGCUCCUGAUGUGACACGCAAUAGAGAGCAUGAUGUCGACACGGAAUGUAUGUGUGAAUGCAUGAUGCUAUGCAGGCAAAAGCUGUAGACGAUGAAUGCGCAACAAGGAGUUGUGCUCAGCUCGCACAGAGCAGCCACCAAAGAUGGGCCCUUCGCACGACCGCGUAACCAUCGAAGUCACCGCAUAAACUAUGGCCAGGGGUGCAUGCGCUUGCAAAGAACAAUCGUCAAUGGCCGACAGUAGUCUAGAUCAAAUACAGCUGAAAGACACGCUCAUCGCGCGGAGCCACCAUGGAGAAUAAUCGUUGUCCUCAUUCAUUUAUUGCUCUACUUCUUUAAUUCAUUAUCUUCAUCUCUAGUAAGCGUACCUCAGCACUCUCUCAUCCCCAUCCAUUCUGAUCUUGCGAUUCAUUCUCAUUAACCAGAACUUCAUCACCCAUGCGCUUCCAGCACAGACAAUACUGAAGCCCGCGCUUGAGAUCAUCGCUGGACGGAAAGCCGGAGCAUCGCUCGAAGGCCACAAAUAAG